CAAAUUCCCACAUCUUUUAUUUCUUCCCAUGGCCAACACGACGCCGCCGUCCUCGGCCAAUAGCCCGCGCACGACGCUCUCGAGCUCCAAAUUUCGCUACGAAGCGCUCUCGGCACAAGAGACCAAGUACUUGGAGUCGCUCGCCGAAACCAACGUCCGUCAGCUCUGUGAUGCGCAGACGGCGUUCUACGACGCCAAGCUCUGGCCAUGCGUACGCGAGUCACCUAGUGUUCGCCUCUUUCAAGGCCCGCCUGCCAACAACGACGCGGCGACAACGCCAUUCCGGGCCUCGACCACGCUCCACGCCUCGUUCCAAGAACUCACCGCGCUCCUCACAAAGUCGACGAUCGAGCCGGGCCAGUUGCCGUUCAAGCAGCCCCACGACGGCGUCGUCGACAGCGCAAUCGUGCUCGAGAUUCCGUCGGCGCUCGCGCAUCGACGCAUCUUUGUGCGAUGGAUGGCUAUCGAGUGUUUGAAACCGCUGCGAAACCGUGACUUUUGCCUCCUCGAGGUCCACGAUACCGUGCUCUUGCCGACGGGGGCCCGCGCGUUUGUCAUUUCCCAGCACUCGAUCCGCCUCCAUGAAGCGUGCCCCGACAUGGAAGGCUCAAUCGGCCUUGUCCGCGGCUCCCUGUACAACUCGGGGUUCGAUUUUUUUUCCAUUUUUUGCAUUUUGGGCUUAGACGUCGUUAGGUUUGUGGUGAUGGAAACCUCCGUCCACAGCGUCCUCGAAGUGCGUGCGAUCGUCGACAUGGAUCUAAAAGGGCGCGUGCCGUCUUUUCUGCAUACGCGCAUUGUGCGUCAGCGCGCGGCGCGACUCCAAACGAUCCACCGCUCGAUUCAAGUGUCGCGACUCAAACACGGUCAUCCCACCGAGGUCAAGGUCCAGCGUGAGAGCCGCAGUCACUGCGCCGGCUGCCACAAAAGCUUUCAAACGUUCUUUCGGCAAUGGCACCGCAAACACAACUGCGCCAUCUGCGGCGAGAUCUUUUGCCGUCACUGCACGCAGAGCUGUACGGCCGAGCCCACGAAGCGCGUCUGCAAUGCGUGCGUCGGCUCCAUGGUCGAGUAUACACUUCGCAGUCCGUUCACACACCCAAGUGCCGAGGUGGAGGGCGCAUCGUCGCUCUUUGAAGAUGACUUUGAGAGCACUAUCGUCGAUCCCAAGCAAAGUCGGCAGUACCACCCGUGCACGAUGCGGGAAAACCUCCUCCAGCUGAUCGAGCCUCCCGUCUCCGAGCGUCGGCGCCGCCCCGUCUCGAUGAAGUCACCGGACGUCACGCUCGAAGCUCUGCGCAUGGAGUACGGAAGCACCCCGAGUGUCGAAGCACGUACAGUUCUCUUCCCCAACAACGGCGACGACCUCUACCUCUCGAUCAUCGACCACGAUGGGCGGUGCUGACGUAAGUCGACUCGCGUAGUGUAGACCCUAACUUUUAACAUGUCGUGGUGGAGCGUACUGCAACCAUUCCACGUUUCUGGUGGCUUUGCCAGUACAAAA